CAUUGACAUUAUUUCGAGCGUUUUCUUGCCCAGCUACCAUCAAAAGUUCCUGGACUUUAACUGUCAACAUCAACCGUUCGUUGUAAACGCAAGCCCAGCUAUAGACGAUAGACGAUAUAUCAACACACCACAGCAAACCAUCGCCAUGGCUUACGUCUCAUUAAGCACACGAGACCUCAACGUCCUCGAGAAGAUCCAGGACCCAGAGUACGACCCCGCCCGGAUAGUGCAAGUCGACACGAGCCUGCCAAAAGACCCCAACUUCAAAGAUCAGGCCGUAUAUGAGAAGGUCGCCCAACUAGAGCGCGAGAUCAUCCUCUCCAUCCAACAACUCGAGCUUGCAAAUGCCAAGCCGGCGGCACACGGAGUGACCGAUGUGGAGGGGACCAUUCAAGGCUAUCGCAACUGCGUCACCCAGCUUGGGAGCCUUAUCCAAGAAUACCCAGAGUACGCGAGUGCCCGCAACAACAGGGCGCAAGCGAUUAGGCGGCUAGUUGGCGAUUCGAUGUUGAUCUCGGGCUCCCAGCAGCUUCCACAAGCACUGAUUUGGGAGAUCGACGACACCGAGCGACUGCAGAUGGCCGAGACUGCUCUAUCAGACCUUGAUCGCGCCAUCUCCCUCCUGACCCCUACCACGCCCCAGACCAGAGUGUCCCAGAACGUGGCUAGGACGCUUUCCAAUGCACACACCCAAAGAGCCGCCAUCUACCACAUGACGUCCAAGUUGAUGGAGUCCAGCACCCUUGCUGUACCACAGGGUCGACGAGAAGGAAGCUGGAGCAAGCUUGAUUUCGAGGAGAAUGCGUCGAGGGACUUUGCCAUGGGUGGUAGAUAUGGCAACGAGAUUGCGAAAGCACUCGCUGUGAGCACGAACCCAACAGCCAAGCUGUGUGGACAGAUGGUUCGGGAGGCGCUGAAGAAGGAGUACGGGCCGGCGUAUUCGGCAUGAGGAUCAAGGGACUGGCCAUGCUGUACAAGUAGAGAGAGUUGUUUCUGUAUGAUAAUAGUAAUGAGGAAUGUUACAGAAUUGAAGGCUCGACCAUGGCUGUCA